CAUUCAGUACUUGGUUACCUUGUCACGAUUGGAUAGUCCGGUGCCAGAAACAAUAGCAGAUACUCUCCGAAUCAUCUUCGACCCGCUUAUAAAAAGCAGGAGAACCCAAACGGCGGCUCGGCAAACACUGAUAACGUUUCUGCUUUACCUGUGGUGGGGGGGGAGGGGAGGCGGUAGGUAGGACGAGACACUCUUAUGUAUGAGGGUCUGUGGCGCCCAGAGCAAGUUUAUACUCCACUCCCCACCCUUCCUAGAGCCCGCCGAAUGGAUUCCGAUUCCAGUUUGAUAUCGAGUCAGCCGUCUUCUCCGGAGGCAGACAGUAUUUUUCUGUCGGACGAACCGACCUCGGGUUUCACCAGCACCGUAUCAUCCACGCAGAGCGACUGCGGAGCUCAGUUCUGCGGCGAGCGAGGCGGGCAGCUGAGAGGCAAGGACAUCAGGCUGAAAGACAAGAAGCAGAUGAGCGAGCCCGAGCUUCAGCAGCUGAGGCUGAAGAUCAACAGUCGCGAACGCAAGCGGAUGCACGAUCUAAACAUAGCCAUGGACGGGCUACGGGAAGUCAUGCCUUACGCCCACGGACCUUCUGUUAGAAAGUUAUCCAAAAUCGCCACCUUGCUCCUGGCCAGAAACUACAUCCUCAUGCUCACCAACUCGCUGGAGGAGAUGAAGAGGCUGGUGAGUGAGAUCUAUGGUGGCCACCACAGCAGUUUCCACCCAUCGGCCGCUUGCGGGACCCUCAGCCACGGCGCGGCGUCUCUGCCGGGCCACCUAGCAUCACACGCCGCUCACCAGGUUCACCAUCCCAUCAUGGCCCCGACAGUCACCUCAGCCUCUCUGUCCGGAGGCAGCAUCCCAACCGUGAACAGUAUCAGACCUCCUCAUGGUCUUCUCAAAUCGGCAUCCGCGGCCUCCGGCCCGCUGGGCAGCGGGUUUCAGCACUGGGGAGGCAUGCCCUGCCCGUGUACCAUGUGUCAGGUGCCACCGCCUCACCAUGUAGCCAGCAUGACCACGACCGGGAUGUCUCGAUUAUCCUCUGACAGCAAGUAAACGAACUGCAUCACUACUCGCGCAGAGACUCGUCUAAUCGCCUCUAGAAAAGUUGAAUACUUUAACUCAGACAGGUUAUAAGAUCAGGUUAUUUCUUGUCAUUCCUAUCGGCGCACCGAGGUAAAUCUUACACCGGGUUAAGUCGUUAUCUUUGUGGUGAGGUUUUUUUCAUGUACCUGUAAGGAAGUUGCAGUAACCCUUUUCUGAAUCAAUGCCUCAGUUCCCGUUCGUUUCAACGAUGGUGUAAAUCGAGAACGGACAAGGAGGCGGAAGGUAUAUAACGAGUACUUUGAAACAUCUCAAUUUAGAUGUACCCCCCCCCCCCCCUCUCCCCCCUCUCUCUCUCUGGAGAAAAUUGGAUGUGUUGUUUUUUCAUAUUGCAACGAGGUCAAAUCAAACAGUGGAAACGGGAUACUGCAGCUUCAUUUAACGCGAAUUUCUCUGUAAAUGUGACCCACCAGCAAUGAAAAGUGGUUAUAGUUUUCAACAGUAAAUUACAUCUGGAAAUUAUUUAUGCACUAUUGCUCCAUCCCGUGAUAGCGUUACACUGAAUGAUUCUUUAGCCAAACGUGCGAAGGUCACAGGAUCUUCGCGUUCAACACUGAAAGGACCACGGAUGGAAGAUAAAGAGACCAGAAGAUCACGAGGAAGAAUAAUCAAGUCGAUCUCUGCAGUUAAAAUGUCGACUGACUAAAUCCCUGGAACAAUGAGAAGGGAAUGUAUGCGAAAGACACUUGGCGGUGUGACUUGUGUAGUUGUCAAGUCUUGGAAACUUUCAUUCCUGUGGUUGAGGUAGAAUCACAAUGCGCCUGGAAUAUUUACCCCGACCCUGAAUUUACAAAGACAAAGUCUGUACACCUUUCCUGAAAGUAAUUGUUACAUUUUAUGAAAUAUGGGUAAGCGAUAUCUAUUGCGACUUCGAGAAUCCUUUACGAAUGAUCAAAUCCCACUACGCUGGCCUCCCCACCCCUGAGCUAUUCUGUGAGUUUAGAAUUAUGUUGUUGUUUCAUCUGUUCUUGGAGUGACUUCAUCUACACGAUUUCUGCGCUGUCUCCAUUGCAGAUUCGGUGUCUCGAUGGCUAUUUAACCCAUUUUAUUUCACAUCAACCCGCACUAAACCCCCCCCCCCCCCCCCCCCCCCCCCCCCCCCCCCCCCCCCCCCCCCCCUAUCUUAAGCGGGGUUGUUUGCUAAGAACCACCUGUAACUUCUUACCAUAACACUUUUUGUUUCCCAUUCGCGAGAGAAAAUGAAGGAAGAAAAUAAAGGCAAAACAUGCUCUUCAUCUUUUUAUUUUUGUAAAAAAAUAUGUGCUAAAUAAUAUUUAUUACUUAUUUCGUUUGGAGAAAAAAGUGACUUGUGGAUUAACUGUCGAGAUUUUAAAAUUAAUUAAAAAAAACAAAUAAAUCUUGUGUGCUUUUAAUUUGAAGUCUGGAGAAUAACAUUAUUUUUUAACUGCAUGCAACCAAAAAACCCCCAAAGACGGCGGUCAAUGCAAAAGCCAUUUCUUGCAUAUCAUAUCUCUGUUUGUAGGACACCCCUGUCUUGCUCAGCUAGACCCGACCUCAUAAUUUGCAGGAUAUAUCAAAAGUUUGCGAGGAAGCGAUAUGAGUAUAAUUUAACGGCGAAGAGGAACUUACAAAUACACCUUCGUUGUUUCAAUUCUUUGACUACAUGUGCACACAUAUAAGCCUUACAUGUUUUUUACCCCCCCGGUAAAAACGGUUCCAUCAACGACGUAAUUUACGUGUACUGUCCCCGCUUCAAAUUCCAAAAUAAAACAAAAAAAUCUGUAAUCGAAUAAAUCACUUGCAAUCAAAUUCGAGGCCAGUGUGAAAAAGCCCGCACAAGAAAUCUCGAAUGUCACGACAAUAUCCCCCUUGCAAAUUUCUGUACGACACUUCAAGGG